CCUAUCAACGAAAUUUAACGCAGUACCGAACGCUUGUCCUUCACGGUACCACGACGCGAGAUACCGCCAAAAAAUCUGCCCAAUUGCCAUCGCAAUCCUGUUGUGCCUGCUUCGUCAUGAUUCCGAGUUAGCACCGCCAGAACGUGGUACAGAAGAAGAGAAGAAAGAUGGAUAACUUCGCGACGUCAAGACAAGACAGCUUCGAUGUUGGUCGUGCUUCGAUGCCUAUACCCUCAUUCCCACCCAAUGGCUCGGCUCUGGUCGAUUCCUAUAGGCAAGAAGCCUCGAAAGGGUUUGAAAAAGAAAAGCCGCCAAUGAACCCGACGAACAGCGAACGCACUCAGAGUUCCGUCUUUGUCAAUCUCAAAGAUUCCGUCCAGGUUCACCUUCUCACCGAGACGGCCUUAUUUGACAGCAAAGAAUACGUUAUCCUGUCAGAGGAUGAGGUCGAUAAGCUCAAGAAACAAUGUCAGUUUCUUACACAAAGGAUAGAGCAAGCCCGCUCUAACCUUACAAUACAAUCGAAAUAUCGGGAUGCCGCUAUAUCCAUGACGCGGUUGUACUCGCCUACUAGUAGGAGAAGGAGUUUGUUGGGAAACCGCCUUAGUGGGGGAAGUGAUGCCGCCCGCGAGGCAGAAGCUGAGCGUGAUGUUAUUCAGAAAAAGUGUGAAGACCUAGCGGCAGAGCUAUGGUCUCUAGAACAACGUCUCAUGGGACCUCAAAGGAAACUCCUGGAGCACACGGCAGGCAUUCUGCAGCAUGCUCACAAGAUGGCCAAGAAAACCGCAUCUGCAUCCUCUAAACCACCUUUAGUCAACGGCGUCCCCGCCAGCCCCGAAAGCAUGUACACGACAACAAAUGGACGUAACAGUUUAGAUUUUCUCGAGGACGGAUUUGUCUUCGAUGAAGCGAGUCUAUACCGUUCUUUUGACAUGACCGACGUUCUCAACAGCCAGCCGCUCCAGAACCCCAUUGAAAUCCCUCUCAAGUCUCCUGUACGCGAACAGAAUAAGCAGCUUGUCGAAGAAACCGAUAAACUGCGUCAGGAAAACGACCAGCUACGGAGUGAGGCUGAAGCACUCCAUGCUGAAAUCGAGACAUUAAGAAGGCAAGGAGCAGACCAAUGGAACAUGAUAUCGGACACAGAACGAAAGCUGGGGCAGUUUAAUCAUCAGCUACGGGAGGCUGUAGUCCAGACAGAUCCGGCUCGGAAUAGUGAAUAUGCUCCUGUUCCAGUCGGGCAGCGGGAACCAGGUGAUAUGCUCAACAGUCAUCUUGAGUAUCUAGAGAAUGCGUUGCUUCAAGUCACUGACGAUCAAAAUAAUGGCUCUGGAAUUGCUCAUAAACUGCAGUCCUUGAAUUCGCAAAUCCAAACCAUUGUCGUAAACGUCGACCCCAGCCACCCACAUGCUCCUCUUUCAACUGAUAGUAUUGAGGUGCAGUUCGAAUACCUGCAGGAUUCUCUAAAGGCAGUGGACGAACAGUUUCGCCGGACCGCAGAUAUUGCUAAUUCAUCGUCAACUGAAAAGCAGAAAUCUGACCAAUAUGAGGCUGUUCUUAUGGGAUUGUGGGAUAUCAUCCAGUCUGGCUACGCUGAUAUCCGCCAACGCAAACAAGAACGUCAUAGGACGCGCAUGGAAAAAGGCUUAGAACCGGACGAGGAAGACCUGUCAGAUGCCGAUUUGCCGGAUGUGAACGAGACUUAUUCAUUACCUGCAUUCUCCUCGAAGAUCCAGUGGUUGUACAUGCAGGCCACCAGGCUGAAUGAGCAAAAGGCCGUUCUCAAGCGACAAAUCAAACAGCAACGAGAACUGAACAGUAAAUCUGACUCAGAAAAAGACCAACAAAUUCACGAUAAGGAGAGCGAAAUAGAAGAGAUAAGCGCACGAUUGGGCCGUGCCGAGCGCGAGACAGAUGAUGUUCGUGCCCAGCUAUUACAAGCCUUGGAAGAAAUCGAGGAUCAGCAAGGUAGUCGUAAUCAAGAAGCUGCUGUCAUCGAAGAGUCACGAGAACAGUUGAAGCAACGACAGGCUAGGAUUACUUCCCUAGAAGCUGAAACCAGGGACUUGCAAGCUCGUCUAGCAGCGACAGAGACUAAUAUUGAGGCACUUAAUACACAGCUCAAAGAUGCCAAUGGCGCUAAAGAUAUUGCUGAAAGCGCUAUUGAAGAGAAAGAGAAGAUAAUCAGGGGUAAAGAGCAGGAACUUGAACAAAUGACAGUCAUGGUUGCACAACUUAAGAUGGAGACCGCCAUGGCCAAGGCUGAACUUGACAGCGCGUAUGGAUCUCGAAAGGAACGCGCUGCCGAAGUUGCCGCAUUACAUAAUACUUCGGAAUCGACCAAGAUGCAACUGCGCGUCCAAUCAUUAGAACAGGAGCUCAAGGCUACUGCCGACGACUUAACCGGUGUCGUGAAACAGUCACUUGAAAGUGAAAAGAAAAUUGGAGAGUUGGAGGGUGAGCUUGAUAGGGUCAAGACAGAGCGUGAUAGGAUCCGGGAUGAGCAAGAAAAGGUUCGCGAAGAUCUUGAAAGGCAGUUACAAGAUGCUACAGGCGAUCUUGGAAGAAUAGAAGCAGAAAUUGCUCGCCUACGCAAGGAAAAGGAGCAAGUUCUAGACGAGUUGGAUCGGGAGCGCUUAAAGAGCCCUUCCGGCGCGAACAAGACCUCGUACUUGACAGACUCAUACAGGGUCGGUUUGAGAGCAGAGCGGAAGAAGUAUGAAGAACAGUUGAGAGCAGAGCAAAUGUUGCGGCGAAAGGUUGAAGACGAACUCCGGGCGUUGAAACGGGUACAGGGACCAGGCCGAAGUCCUUUGAGUCCUCGACCAUGAGCAUCAUGUUACCACAUUCUAAUUCCAAUCUUGGAUUCCCUCACAUGCACUCAUCGGAGUUAUUACAGCCCCUUGUACGAUUACGGUUUUCAGGACACUGGGAGUAUAUUGUUGGCACUUCCCGUACAAUUUUUAACGAUGGCUUCUAGACAACCAG